AUGUGGGAAUGUCGAGAUGAAAUUAUGCGGUUUGUCUUUGGCAAGGCAAGUGAAUUUAUCAGUGACCUCUACUGGUCUAAAAAGCUCCCUAGACAUGAGAGACAUGACAUUCCCCUUCUGAAGCUGGAUGGAGCCUUCAACUUCAGUUCAACAGUUUUGCCAGCAUGUCCUCCUCAUCCAGGUGAAAAAUUUGAAGCAGGAUAUGUCUGCACUGCUUUUGGUUGGGGCUGUUUAGAUGGAAAUGGACUGCUCCCUCAGGUCUUAUAUGAAGUUGAUCUGCCAAUCCUAAACAGCAAAGAGUGUUGAAGAGCAUUAUCAACUAACAAGAAACGCAUCCAAGGUGACACUGUAAUGUCUGCUGGAUUUCCAGAUGGAGGAAAAGAUGCCUGCCAGGGAGACUCAGGAGGCCCCCUUUUGUGUCGAUGUAAGCUCGGUACCUGGACUCUUGCUGGUGUGAUCUCCUGGGGGAUGGGAUGUGCCCAUGGCUGGAUAAGUAAUGAGAAGAAGAAAUAUUACAACAGAGGAUCAUCUCCUGGAAUAUUCACAGGCCUCAGUGCAGUGCUUUCCUGGAUUCAAGAGAACAUGAAUGCUGAUCUGAAAAUGAGAAGCUCCACAGCAUUUUGUAGCAUUCAGGAUUGCAAACUCCAUGACAGGGAAGGGGAAUUACAUUUUUCUGGAAGUCCCAAACAGUCCUAUGAAAACCACCAAUUGCGUAUACGGACUCUAUUUGUGCCAGAAGGGAAUUACAUAUUGCUUCAGUUUUCCCACUUUGAUGCAGAGCCAGAAACAUUCUGUGACUAUGGUUCUUUAUCAAUCUAUUCAAAAGAUGACAGUCUCGUGGGUGAGUUCUGUGGAGGAGAUCCUCCAUUAUCAAUUUUGUUUAACUCCAAUAGUAUAAGGCUGAAAUUUGUUUCUGACAAAGAGGAUUAUGGAACCGGUUUUUCCAUGACCUACAAAGCUCUUACACCAGAUAUUCUUCCUGAUUCUGGCUGUGAGUCCCUAGCUGUCCUUUUUGAAGAAGGAGUCUUACAGAGUACACACUACCCAGAACACUACAGCAACAUGGCAGACUGUCAAUGGAUUAUUUAUGCACCAGAGGACCAUGGAACCAAGUUUUUCAUUUUUUAUUUAAGGCUUACCUACCAGUCCUUUGAAGUAGAAGAGAGUGAAGGUUGCUCCUAUGAUGCAGUGACUGUGUAUGAAGAUGUGGGAAAAGAGGAGGAAAUCACCAAGCCUUGUGGAUUUGCCCUAGUGGCACCUGUCCUAAGCUCCUCUGCUGUAAUGCUGGUUGUCUUUCACCCUGAUGAAACAGAGACCUUUGGAGGAUUCAGAGCCACAGUCUCUUUUGUUCAUGCAGCAGAUUUAGAUACAUUGAAUCCAACUAGUGAAGAAAAAUCUGGAGAUAUGGAUAUGGAUACGGAUAUGACUGAAGAAGAAACACAGUUUACAAGAGAUGAUAUUUGAGGAAUGCCUUCAAAUCAGCCCAGGCUCAUCUUCAGCAGGAUAAUUGGAGGUGAAGAAGCUGUACCACACUCAUGGCCUUGGCAGGUCAGUGUACAAAUUUCAGAUGAGUCUACCUGUGGAGGAACAGUUCUUGCCAAAGAAUGGAUUGCCACAGCUGCCCACUGCCUUGAUUCCAAGGAACUAUACAGAGAUUUAUGGAUGGUGGUAACAGGACUUCAUGAUCAAGAGCAAGAGUACAGACAGAAAAGGUCAGUCCAGCAGUUUAUUAUACAUCCAAGUUUUAAUGAGGCCACUAUGGACUCUGACAUUGCCUUACUGCAACUGGCUGAGCCCUUGGAAUUCAACCACUGCGUGCACCCCUUGUGCCUCCCUCCCAAGGAGGAGCAAGUCCAGCCCUCAAAGAUGUGUGUGGUCACAGGAUGAGGUGCACAUGAAGCAGACAGAGUAAAGGGGAAAAAACUGCAACAGCUGGAAGUUCCCACCCAUGUAGUUGAUACAUGUCAGAGCUGUUACAUAAACCUUCCCAGUAAGGUGUCCCAGAGGAUGAUCUGUGCUGGAUUCCCUUUGGAAGAAGGCAAGGACUCAUGCACACAAAGUGAUUCUGGUGGCCCAUUAGUUUGUCCUUCAGAAGGCAACUCGGGAUUUUACGCCCUCCACAGAAUUACUAGCUGGGGUUUGGGAUGUGGAAGGAAGAACUACCCAGGAGUAUACACAAAUGUUGGGUUUUUUCUUGACUGGAUCAAGAAGAAUGUUAAUAGUAGUGAUCUCCCCAUUUUCAUAGUGUGA